GUUUUGGUUUCUCAUGUUGUUCCUUCAAUCAGCACAAAGCACCCAAGCAUACCCCGACUCACAAUCGUCGUAACAUUGUCAACAAUAGAUAUAUCUACAACAACGAACGAUGAGAUAGCCUUGGCAAGUUGGACAUUAUGUUGAGUGGUGCCUUGUGAUCUUCCAGUGAUCGGAUUUUUUAGAUGAACAGGGAGUCAAAGAUCAGUAAUGCACUGUCAUGGCCCAUGAUCUCUGGUUCUGAGGUUGGACUAUAAAAUGAAACUUCAUCUCCUGCAAUCUGGAUUCUUAAUGGACUGUCACUAUUGCAGUGUAGUUGUUGUAUUUUGUAGAUGUCUCAGAUUGCGAUCAGAUAUAGCUAUUAUAGAUCAUCUAGAUAGAUCUAUUCAAACUUGAAUGCCACAAGUAAGUGGUCAGGUAUAAGAAUCUAAACUGUGAAUUGCUAUGCUAAAGGAAUUCAUUUCUUUCUACAAAAAAUUGAAAAGGUAGUGAAAAUGCACACAUAUUUUGUAUUUAACAACUUCUAACGAAAAAGUACAAUGACAAAAUGAUUUUUGGUAGAAGAAUAUUGUUGUACCUAUCAGACAAUUCCAGUGAUAAUCCAUUUGCCACUUUCACAGUUGAAAAUUCAACAUUGCUACAGAAUUAUACUUCGGACGGAUCUGCAUCUUCAAGUGUUUCAGGAUUUGUGGGAAUCAUGGUAUUUCUCGCUCUUUUUGGAGGUUACAUAUUCACAUCUGUUCUUCUACUGAAAUUUCCAACGCUCCUUCAUCGAAAGAAGCAGAUAAAGUUCAGACCUCUUCAUAUAAGCCAUCGCGGAGGUGCUGCAGAGAAUUUAGAAAAUUCAAUGGAAGCCUUCAAGUUUGCUGAAAGCGUGGGAACAGAAAUGUUUGAACUGGACUGCCACCUCACCAAAGAUGAGAAAGUUGUUGUGUCCCACGACAACCACUUGAUGCGCACCUGUGGGAUGGAUGUGAACAUUUCAGACACAGACUACAGCGAGCUUCCACCAAUGAAGAACAGGAUACGAGUGGACUUUUUUCAGUCCAUGUACGGGGAGGGAGAGGAUCAGAGAAUUCCUCUGCUGGAGGAGGUGUUCCGGGACUUCCCACACAUGCCGGUCAACGUGGAUAUCAAGGUGGACAAUGAGCUACUCAUGCAAAAGGUGGACGGGUUGAUAAGACAGUACCAGAGAGAGGACCUCACAGCCUGGGGCAACCGGUCAAACAGUAUAUGUGACAAGCUGUACAAACUGAACCCUCAAGUCCCUCUGAUAUUCUCGAUGCGCAAAGUUGUGUCUCUGCUGGUGUUGUUCUGGACGGGACUCCUCCCCUUUGUCCCCAUACGGGAGUCUUUGCUGGAGGUGGUGGUGCCGGGCCUUUUGCUGGACUCUGAAUUCAUUUUUGACCGGCAACUCAGCAAAAAAGUGAAAUGGUUCUUCUGGCUUAUGGAUAAACUUCUGAUGCGACCGUCUUUGAUAUCUCACUUGGACAAAAGAGGCAUUCAGACAUACCUGUGGGUGCUGAACCGAGAAGAAGACUUUGAGCGAGCGAUGUGUUUAGGUGUGGCUGGCAUCAUGACAGACCGCGUCACUCUUUUGGCAGAUUUUCUUCAAAGGAGGAAAGGGGGCCAAGCAGGCAAUUCCUACAACUCCAUUGAGAAUCGGACGAAGCUACUGUGAUGGCGGAGAGCAGUGGCGGG